UUAGCUGUGAACGCCAAUGCGAUCAGUGUUGAUAUGAUUAUCUACCGUUCACCGCUCCUAAGGAGCAUUCGACAGACGCUUUGUCGAUCUGCUUAUUAUCGUCGCCAGUUAUGCCAUCUUCGACAAAGAUACCAUCACUACCAACACCAGAAAGGUCGCUGGCGUUGGGAUAAGAGAGUGUUAUUGGCGUUUACGUCUGCUGCAGGAUUUUCCUUUGCCGAACACGGUAUCCCAGACGAACGAUAUGAAAAAUCUGAGGACUUGUCGAAGGAGUUUGAAAAUGGAAUAGAUGCUGAUGAUGGCUGGGAAGCACUCGUUGAAGAAGAAGAUCUGAAGGUUUAUAGAAGGCUCGUACCAGGACCAAUUGAAAUGUACGAGUACAAAUGUGUAGGCACUUAUUAUGAUAUCACUCCAUGUUCUUUUCUUGAUGUUCAAAAUGAUUUGGAUUAUCGAAAAGAAUGGGAUUCCAAUGUGCUAACACUUGAGAUGUUGCAAGAGCAGGAUGAACAUGAGCUUAUUCGAUGGGUUCAAAAAUACCCAUACCCACUUCAUCCUCGCGAAUACGUUUAUGCUCGAAGGACGUGGGUAUCUGACGAUUGCCAGCUGAUUGUGGUCGAUAGUGAAGUGAUUCCGACUGAUAUAGUGCCUGAUAGUUGCUCUAAAAAUGUCCGAGUGUCUACGUACUCGUCAAGAAUGGCUGUGAGAUCACACAGGGAUCUCAAUCAGCAUGGUCUUGAUUUCAUCUUGACGUAUUUCGACAAUCCUGAGGCAAACAUACCAAAGGCCGUAUACAAUUGGAUCAUAAAUCAAGGUGGACCAUACUUUUUGCAGCAGGUCCAUGAAGCGGCAUGUGAGAUGGAAGAAACUGGUAGAAUGCUGGAAUGGACUAGAGAGAAAGUGCGGCAGAGUCGGCAACGGCUUGGUCUUCCGCAACUUGCAGAAGCAAAGCUCGCUCCUCUUCUCAAACAGGCACCUGUAGCGGAAGAGGAUGCGGUACUUGAAGAGGCAGUAGUGGAGCCUUUAUCAAGACUGAGAAGACUACGAGAUUACUUCAGAACUUAUAGACUCUUUUCAGAAGAGUAUUUGAUGAUGUAAGAUGUAUGUUAACUUGUUUUGGUAUCAUAUUGAAAACUCGACAAAUUUCUCUGUUUGCUUUGUAUCAUAUGCAUCGUUAAUGGCUUUUUUUGUUGUGCUCGGCAACCGAGUAUUUUUUCCUAGUCCUACUUAUUCAGAAUAUAGUGAGUAUCUAGGCAUAGAAGUUUAGAAAUAUAGCGUGAAUUUAUGUUUUGCAUUGUAGCCUCAAUAGUGGUUGGAUUGAGCGCACAUGUCGUUUUCUUUAUUCACCGUUUCUCCGAUCAUGACUAUUCCCUCGCAUGCUUUCUUAAAGCGCUGCUGCCUCUCUUUCGUCUCGCUUAAGUUGUUACAUAUGAUAUCAGAUAGCUAAAAUUGAAUGCUAAUGUCAAAGUUUAGAAUCAGAUGUCCUAGUAGCGCUUCUCUUCCAUAAAGUACGCUAAUCUCUUUCUUUUAAAACAUAUUGUAUUACCCUGUUUUCUUGGAUUAUGGAUAAAAUACAAGUUUGACGAUAAAGUCGUUGCAGA